AUGGCUCUAACCUACGAUCCUGAGUAUUUCAAGGUAUUGGAGCCGAUGCUCCCGAUCUUGGCGAAUCAGCCGGUCCUCGCAGUACACGAUAUUAAAGGUCGGCGUGAGCGAUUGAAGGCCUUUUUCGACAACUCCAAUAUUCCCCAAGCCCAAGGCGUAUCCAUUCAAAAGUUGACGAUAAAGUCCUACGACGGAGCAGACAUUGACGUUUUCCACAUCGCCCCAGAAAAGUCAAACUUGUCCGGAAAAGCGACGGCGGCUUACCUUCACGCGCAUGGAGGCGGUUUUAUAUCUGGCAGCGCCCAAAUGUUCUCCAUUGCUGUUGCGCUCACGGUAGCCACGACUCAGAUUCCUUUCUUCUCCAUCGAGUACCGCAAGGCACCAGAAUAUACGCACCCUACGGCUGCCGAGGACAUUUACGCUGCCCUUGAAUGGCUUCAGAAGAAUGCAGCUACGUUCAAUAUCGAUCCUGCUAGAAUUGGCAUUACUGGAGAGUCCGCGGGAGGUGGCCUCGCUGCUGCGGUGGCCAUAAUGACCCGCGACCGAAAGCUGAGCCCUCCACUCGCCAAACAAGUGCUCAUCUAUCCGAUGCUCGACGACCGAAAUCUGAAGCCAAUUGAUGGCUUGGACAAUCUUGCGUUCUGGAACGCUGCUGAUAAUGUCACGGGCUGGACGGCAUUAUUAAGUGACCAGGUAGCCGGUGAGGAAGGAGUCUCGGAAUAUGCUUCACCAGCACGCGUUGCCAUCGUGCAGGGUUUGCCAUCGCUAUAUGUUGAUGUGGGUGGACUAGACAUUCUCAAGGCUGAAGUUCUGGAAUAUGCGUUACGAUUCGCAAAAGCUGGUAUUAGUACGGAGUGUCACCUUUACCCUGGCCUCCCGCAUGGUUGGGAGGCUGUUGCACCACAGAUUUCGGCCACAAUCAAAGCAACUGAAAAUCGCUUGCGGGCAUAUUCUAGUAUUUGA